AUGCACCGCUGGGAUCUCAUCUGGGCGGCUGGGUGGUCAUUGGACCCUGGAACGGAUGACAUGACAUGGUGCAACGGCGAGCCACAGAGAGGCGGCGUAAAACUGUCGCAAAAGGCAGCUUUGAAACCCGGCAGGACGAGAAAAAAGUUGAUUUCGGAUGAGAGAUGGUCUACCGCAAUUCGGACGGUCGGUCGCAUGACCAUCCGCCACUCCGGCAGCGGGCGGUCUUGGAAUCGCGACAGCUCGCCGCAGAGGAGGGAUAUAAUUGCAAAAUUGGAUGAAAUCAAUUCGCAAAUUGCCAAACUUCACAAUGGGCCCAGAAACUAUGUGAUUGGAAAAGUGGUUGCGAAGCAGGGCGGCGGGAAAGCGUUGCGACGCUCAUGUCUGGAUAGCUUCACGGUUGGGUCGCGAGCGAAAGCGCGAUACUGGGCCAAAAAACCCGAGAAACAGGCAUUCGAUCUCAACCAUUCACAGGGUCACGAACGGGGGGUGCUGUCGCGCAAUUCACAAUGCGACAACGACCAUGGGGGAGCGGACGACGUUGGACCAUCUAAAGCGAACCACGUCUCCGGCGACGACCCGCCGACCAGAUGGCCUCUUACAACAAACAACGCUACAGCCGCAUCGGGCACCAGAGGAUUUCUGACGUCAAAGAGCGCAGCAGACAGAAGGGCAAAUGGGCAGCUCGAAAAAUGA